GGCAGAUGGGCGGCAACGUUAAGCUGCGGAAAUGCUUGGCAGGCACCCAUGCCACGUUGCGGACUGGUAGCACUGCGGCGCUAAGCUUUCUUCGGCUUCCGCAGCCACAUCCUCACCCAACAGUGACCAGCCCUGAGGCGCUAACAUCUGUCCCUCAAUGCCUCAGCGUACCCUCAACUCGUACUGCUGCGUAAAAGGAUGGUUGUCGGCCAAACCCCUUUCCGCAUCGACCCACCCCCUUAGAUUGUGGCGUUUCAUGGCCGAUGUUUCUAGAAAGCUACCUGAUCAUUUGUCUCCUCCUUUGAGCGAGCGACGGCCUGAUAGCACGCUAUUCGUC